AUGUCUGACAGCCCUAGGACACCUAAGCGACAAUGGAAGGCCCAACAGAAGCAGGGAGGACCCAGCAAAGCGACCCUAGCAGCUCUCCGACGACCUGAGGAAUCUGUCAUUCAGUGUGUCCGGAGAGUGAGCCAUGAAGGGACGUUGCUGGAGCCGAUGGCAUUUUACAUGUCCAUAGUGUCUUUAGCCGUCCCAGAGCUUCAGGAAGCAGUCCUUCUGCAGUACAAGCUGGCCGCCCGUAGGUCGAACAGGUGGUGGAUUAGGGAGACCAGAACAAACUGUCGGUGUGAUCUCCGGGAUGAAUGGAUCGACGGAAACUUGCCAUCUCUGGACGGGAGCAAGCUGUCUCGACCCAAGAGGAAACCUGUGGCCACAGCUCCAGCACCAGCGCCCGAGAUGUGCAAAGACGUACGCCUGCAGACAGACUCGUCUCUGUCUGUCUUCCAGGGAGACGCCAGAUCAGGUAAGCUGGAUGAGGCGGGUGCGGACAUGGAUUCGGACAAGUUGGACCUUACGUCUGAUGCCCCUACACCAUCUAACCAGGAGAGCAUGGACUUGUCAGAACCUGUGUCGUCAUUUCCAUCAGUGCCGAUGUCGAGGGGUGAAGUGGUGGAUUUUGAAGUCUCAUCGUCAGGUCCUCCACCUCAUUCUGGGACUUUGUGCCUGAUGCCUGCACCAGUGAUACCUAGGACGGGAGCCCAGCCUUGUCGUCCGCACCAAGGAAGUGGUGUGGGUGUUUCUGGACCCCCUACGAGGAACGUCAAACGACUGUCGGGAAAAAGGACUUUGUCUGUCACCGGAUCAACAGAUUCGCCACUGUGCAAGGUCGCCAGACAUCAGCCCCCAGCCCAACAGCCCAAGACCGUGCCACUCUACUUCCCUCUGUCUGGAUGUACGUCCAAGGACAGGCGAGCGAAACGCCAUGCCGUAACCAAGCACUUGCCGAUGGUGUUUUCCGACGUCAGUUCUAACGUCCCCAACCAGAUAGAGGCGUUGAAAUCAUUGGUCUUCCGGCAAGCUUGUAGUUUGUUGGGAGUCCGAGAGCCUACAGAGUUCUCUCUACAUCCUGUGAACUCUCCUGCUGUGUUACUGUUCUGGAGAUGUCUGAUCGCUAUGUUGGAUGUCUGUACGCCGGCGCAACGAACAGAGUUUUACAACUUUAGAGUUGUCCGACUUACAGUUGAACCACCAUUCGAGGAAGCAGCCGCAACAACACUGCAGCCGGCAUCUCCAGAGUCGUCGGCCGAAGCUGAGUUACCUCCAGGUCUGGAAGAGUUCUACGUGGUGGAUGAAGUCGAUUCCGAUGAUGAGGAGACGGCCGUGCCUACCCUUAGCGCACCCAGCAGCCCGGACGUCAUCGACAGUCAUUUCCACCUUGACAGGACCAGCCGCCAGAUCUGGGGAAAGAGCAGUGGACACACCGUCGAGGAUUUGCUGGCCUAUAGUUAUUCAGAUGCCGUGGCGGAGACCCCAAGCAUUCCAGUGAAUGUUGUCGGAGGCAUUGUUGUGUUCAGCGAACCCAACACAUACCCCCCUGUGGACUUUGAGUCGCAUGGACCAUGGAGGGUAGCAGUGGGUGUCCAUCCCAAACACUAUGAGACACUCACCGUUGAGCGGAACAUUUGUCUCCAACGUCUGCAUCUGGAUCAUCCCAAGGUAGUGGCUCUAGGAGAGUGUGGCCUAGACCGGACCAUACCCAUCUCGAGAUGGUCGCGUCAGGAGGGCCUGAGGAUGGCUCGGCCUGAUCCACCCCUAGUGCUACACUUAAGAGGAGUCAAGGGAGAUAGCCAUGGCACGGAUGUGUACAGAUCCGCUCUGGGUAUGGUGGAGGACGUAUGCUCCAGUGAGCAGAGGAUCCAUGUUCACUGUUUCAUGGGAAAGAGCGAUAUUGUCAGGGCGUGGCUGCGGAAGUUUCCGAACACGUAUUUCGGUGUAACUGCUGCUGUCCGCGUUUUUGACAACCCGCAACUGGAAGGACUCAAGGCCAUCCCGUGGAACAGGUUGCUGUCAGAGACCGAUUCUCCCUACUUUCCCCCUGGGAAGGCACGGGUUAGUACACCAGCGUACAUUGGGGAGACAGCGGCUGUAGUAGCAGCACAUCUGGACGCUCGGACACCCGAAAUCCUUGAGUGUGCGACCGCCAAUGCCCGAGAGCUGUACCAGUUAUAG